AUGGGCAAUCAACCAAAAGCGCGAUAUUCGUAUCAGGAAACACCUGUGGAGAUGCAACGAUCCGUCUUCCUGCCCUUCUCGAGUCCUACGAACUCCGUCAUCGAUGAAUCCCCCAUCUCCGCCGCAACCGCCAGUCGUAGCCCUCCAGGAUACGAUCAGCUCUCUCCUACGCCUCUGCCGACCGAAAAAUCGCACACUCCAGCCCCUCCUCCGGAAUCACAUCCAGCCUACAAUGCCCCUGUCGCAGAGCCUGCAGCGCCCACUCGGCAACCUCAGCAGCCUCCGCCCCUGCUUCAAGCACAGCAAGCUCCGCAAACUCAACAUAUAGCAAUACCCCCUCCAGACCCUCCUGUAUCUCCAGGUCCUCUACCUGUCAAACCUCGAGAAAACCCUCGAGAAAAUACCAUGAAACCCGCCGCAGCAUCACCUCCACCGCCCAAAUUUGGCAUUGAUCGCGCAGACACAUACAACCCGCACUCCCUCCAGGGGCCCAACGUCAGCCCAGAAAACCAUCGGCCGGGCCAAGUCUCACACCCAAACGCGAGUGUCGAUCCGCAUUGGAAACAUGGCCUCUCUGCAACGGGAGCUGCACGCUCUUUGCGGUGGCGUGUGGGAUACAAGGCUUCCUCUCCGCCAUACACCGCACGAGGAUACGCAAGAUGUACAAUAUCGAAGGAUCGUUUGGGAGCGAUUGCGUCAAGGGCUUGUGUCUAUGCUGUUGCGUUGUCGCGCAGAAUGAGAGGGAAGUCAAAGAACGGGAAACGCUGA